AUGGCAAAAACAUACACACAAGCUGAAUUUGAUAGUUUGAUGGAGAAGGUAGAUAUUAGGGUGAAAGAAUACUUGGAGUUAACUAGAUACGAAAAGUGGGCUAGGUUGUAUGCACCUGUUAACAGGGGAUGGACCAUGACGUCAAAUAUUGCUGAGUCAAUCAAUGCCGCACUAGUGUUAGCAAGAGAAUUGCCAAUAUACGACUUUCUCGAAGAAGUUAGGAAGAUGUUUGGAUGUUGGAAUUGCAGUAACCGCAAAGAAGCUACACAUACAUACACAAUGCUUGGAAAAAAAUAUCAGGAGAUGCUGACUUUGAAUGAGGCAAUGUCUACACGCAUGACUGUGGUACCAUCGACUGAAUACUUACAUACGGUUACUGAUAAAGGGAGGAAUUACAUCGUCUGCCUGUUAGAGAGAGAAUGCGUUUGCAGAAGGUUCCAAGUUGAUGAAUUACCAUGCCCACAUGCUUGCGCUGUAUUGAAGAGUAAGUUUCUAAUGCCAGAAGAUUAUUGCUCUAACUAUUACAAACCAAAUUCUGUUGUAAUGACAUACGAUGUGCCUAUGUACCCGCUACCGGACAGAAAUGAAUGGAAUAUACCAGCACAUGUUACAGAGGAAGUUGUAUUGCCACCCAAAUGGAAAAGACCUCCUGGAAGGCCAAAGAAGAAGCGCGAUAAACCUUUCAGUGAAUUGUUGCAGCCGAAAAAUCAACAUUCAUGUAGCAUAUGUGGGUAG